AUGACUCUGAAGGACCAAAUAGCAGAGGAAGCGCUGUCAGAAGGAUUAGUGGCACUUAAAGCGGAAUCGGAAGAGAUCAAACAACGUCUUCUUGAAUGUGAAGCAUACAUUUCUGAGGAUAUCAGCUCAAUUUCGGAUCCAAUUGAAGCCACCUCCAAGUCACCAUACAUUGUAAUCAACGCAAAAAACUGCGGUUUUAUAGUGAGGGCGAUGCUGCAUGGAAAGGAAAUUGGAUCACGUUUAACCUCCAACGUAGAGUUUUUGCAGGAAAAGGUUUCUAGUGACCCUGAAAUACUCAUUGGGAUUCUCAGUGAGCUCGAGAAACACACGAAUAAUCAUCCUUGGUCUGGUGGUAAACCAAGCUACCCUAACAUUGAUCAGUGGUCUCAACUGCAGGAAGGUAUUUUCUCCAUGCAGCAACGCUGUCCAUAG